UUGGAUAUUGUAACGGGAUUAGAUGUUCUCCACAAUCACAAAUAUGUUCACAGAGAUCUCGCGGCGAGAAACUGUUUGGUGACAUCAGAUUUGACGGUGAAGAUUGGUGAUUACGGUUUGGCUGAAGAGAAGUUUCCUGUUGACUAUUUCAAAUGGCAAAACUACAUGUUCCCUAUAAGAUGGAUGGCUCCAGAA